AUGCGGCCUACACAAAUUAAUGCUGUAUGGCUGCUCGCGGCUGGUGCGCUGGCCCAAGACCCCCAGGGCUGGUACCAGUCUCAUCCUGGCAUGGCACGCAUCAGCCAUGUGAACCAGGACACGCACCAGAUAAUAGACGAGUUCGGACGCACACGCUUCUUCCACGGAACCAACGUGGUGAUGAAGGAGCCGCCAUGGCAUCGGCCGCUCGAGUGGAUGCCCGGUGUCUCGUCGUUUGGCGAGAGGGACGUGCAAACACUGCGCGAUCUGGGCCUCAACGUCGUGAGGCUGGGCCAUCACUGGGCAGGUGCGGAGCCUGUGCGAGGAUACUACAACCAGACGUUCAUCGACUUGAUGAAGACGCAGACCAGGAUGGCGGCAGAGCAGGGCAUCUACGUCCUGGUUGACGUGCAUCAGGACUGCCUGGCGCGGCAGUUUUGCGGCCACGGCGCACCCGACUGGUUCGCCAAAAAAGACUGGGUGUCACGCGGCAAAAGGUACCCCUUCCCCCUCAAGCUCAAGCCGUUUCCAGUGGAUCAAGACGGGUUUCCGACGCCGCAUUCCAUCUGCGGCACGGUCGACUGGGGGCUGAGCUACACGUCAGUGGCGCUGGGCAACGCCUUCGGAAGGCUUUACAACAACGACGACGGCCUGGGCGACGCCUUCGCAGCCUACUGGAAGAAGCUGGCGUCUGAAUACGCCGACGCGCCCAACGUAGUGGGGUACAACCUGCUGAACGAGCCCUGGGUGGGCGACACCUGGGCCGACCCGACGCUCCUGAUCCCCGGAAUUGCCGACCACCGCGCCUUGGAGGGCCUCUGGAACCGCGCGGCCCAGCAGAUCCGCGUCGUCGACAACAACACCCUCAUCUGGUUCGAGGGCGCCACGCUCGACAUCCUCUCGGGCUUCAACAACGUGCCCCUGGGCGCCGGGUCCAAAUCCGUCCACUCGUUCCACUACUACUCCCCGCCGCAGCUGGGCUCCAUCUCCGAGACGCUCCGAAACCGCCGCCGGGACAGCGAGCGCCUCCGAACCGCAGGCGUCCUCACCGAGCUGGCCUUUUGGACGGGCGACGAGAAGCACAUGCGCCGUCUGGAGGAGGCCAUGGCGGCCACCGACGCAAGCAUGGUGUCGUGGAUGGGCUGGGCGUACGAGAACCUGUACAACGGCUCGACGGGACAGCCGUUUCCCGAGCUGGCCAGGCACUACGGCCGCGCGUACCCGGCGGCUGUGGCAGGGACGCCGCGUGGCUUCGGCUUUGACGCCAGCUCAGGCACCUUCAGGCUGCGCUUUGCGGCUGAUCCGUCGGUUGAUGCGCCUACCGAGAUUAUCUUGCCGGCGGCUUCCUUCCCGGAAGGGUAUAGCGUAAAGGUGGAGCCACAGGGAAGCUUGGUGCAGCACGUGCCAGACGGGCGGACCUUGGCCCUGUUCACAGCCCCACAUGUUGGCAAGGGCUCAGACAUCUCGGUUACCAUCACGCGUAAAUAA